GAGGGAACUUGUCCUUAGAGGCCGCGAUUCUUUUGGUCUGCAGAAAGAAAAUCGAGAACUCUACUGCAUAUAUGAUUAUUGUUUUGUACUUUAUGAAAAUUGACCGUGUACUCUAAAUUUAAAACUAGAUCAAAAGUACAAGGGGCGUUAAAAAGCCGGCAGCAGUUAGACGCCGAGUCGCCUUCAGGCUAAACAAAAGGAUCCUUUGGAACCGAGGAAGGCAAGUAGAGGACAACUUGGACGUCUUGGACUGCCUGUGCAUGUUGUCGAGAGAGUGACAGCACCAUGUGACAGUUACACCACAUACCCACCACGAUUCAAGCGUGGCGGGAGUUUUGUUUUGAGUACCUUUGAGCUUUGUACCACGACAUUCCCGAAUGCAAUCAGCAAGGAAGGAUUGGUUCCAAAUUCAUUACGUGGAGUUAACGUAACUUUACGUGGGAAAUGCUACGAGCGCGGUGUAACAUUUGCACGGAAGUUAUCCGAGACGGCGCAGCAUGCUGUCCCUGUGGACAUGUUUAUCACUUGAAAUGCUUGAAUAAGUGGCUCAACCAAAGACAUACUUGCCCAACAUGCCGUGAAAUCACCUCAAAAGCAGUUGUGCUAUUCUUUGAUGGAGCAGACCUGAACAGUACACAAACAGAGGAUGAUGUGGAAAGUCUCAAGAAUAAUAUUGAAGAUCUCAAAGCGUUAUUGAAUCAGAAAGAUGUGGAAAUCAACUGCUCAAAACUGGAACACAAGAAGGAGCUUGCUAAGGAAAUUGCAGCAUUACAAAAGCAAAAAGAAUGUGCUGUGGAGGAGGUAAGAAAACAGCUUGAGAAGAAACUUCAAAUGGAAAGGUCAACUACUGCUGGACUAAAGAAACAACUGUCUUACAUGAAAGAGAAAGAUACAGAACUUGCCAUUGCACAAAGUGAAGCUUCUGAGCUAAGAGCAGAAUUUUUGAAAUUGAAACGGAUGAAGACAUUAAUAGAUGAUCACGCAAGUGAUGCCGAAGCCAUGUUACAAGAUUUGGACUCCAACUCCUUCCCAGAAGUCAUCCUUCAACUGAUCACACUGAAAAGGAAACUAGAAGAAAAAAAACUAAAGUGCAAGCAAGCCAUAGAUGCAGCUGAGAAAAUUAAGAAGGAAAAUAUCCUAAUUAAAAAUGAGGGAACUUACAGGGAAAUGGAGCUGACAAAAACUAAGGAGCAUCUUAAAAUGGCAGAGGAAGAUAUCAGAAGACUAGAAGACGAAAAUGCUAGUUAUAAAAAAAAGUUGACAGCCAUGGAGAAAGCAUUUGCAUCCCCAAGUCCAAGAAGCAGUGCCAUUGGUCGCCUUAUACGAGAAAGUCCAGCACCAGUGGAUAUUAAGAGGCCAAGGCUGAGCUCUCCUGCUGAUGAUUCAGCUGAGGAUUCAGAAAAUAUUGUCAUAGCCGAGACACCAUCCCCAAAGCCUAGAGCUCCAGGGGGAAGAAGUGAACUAAAGAGCAUUGCAGAAGAGAUGGGCUUGUCUCUUGUGAAGACCACAAGUCUGGCAUCGCCUUCAAACAGAGCACCUUUAAAGCUAACGCAACAACCGGCAAAAAAGCCUCCUGACCAAGCUGGCCUUUCCGUGUUCAGGCGAGGUUAUGAUGGGUUGGGUGGACAUACCAAGUUUCUUGCUCCGUUAAGACCAGUCAAGAUAGCAUCACGUAAAGUGGCCAAACCCAACGGCAUUUCAAAAUUUAUCAAACACACCAAGUGUAGCAGGGCAACUGAGCCUCCUUUACCUGCAAUGAACUUAGACUUCACCUGAGACACAAAAAAGAUGUCACUGAACGUUAAUCAUUAGUGUUGGCUUGAUUGGGAAAUCCCUGGUGCUAUGACAGACAGUGUAGGUGAAACUCUUUAAAUCAGUGUCUGUUAAGUUUGACUGCUAUAAAAGAGAACCUGUGAACUGAAUUAUCUAUCUAGUUUCGUUUUGAAAUAAUUUAGCUCUAUCCUUUCUUGAAGUUUAUUUUGAUUUAUCUGGUGCAUCUUGUAAAGGAAAACAGUCCUGUCGAUGAAAAAAAAAUCAUAGCGUCACUGAUUACAUCUAAGCAAGAAUUUUCUUGCGAUAUUUUGAUUUUAUUAACUUGUGUUUAACGUUUAUGAUUUUCUUUUUUUCCCCUUCAUUUCUUGUUGUUAUGCUGAAGCUGUGAAGUUUUUGUGCCCGUAAGUUCCACCAUAUUGGUCCUAACUAUGUAAAUCAUAGCAAGCAAUUCAAGAAUUUCGUUGAGUGGCAACCUAAAUGUAGUGUUGGGCUCAAGUAACGAAAAUCUUAUCGUCCAUAGGAAUUUGCAUGCAUCGUUAUUACGUAAUUUGUCAAAUAUAACUAGGAAAUCUUCGGAGACAUUAAACGUAAUUGUGUGUAGUCUAAUUAUGCUCUCAAGUAUACCAAGAAAUUCACUGUGUGAUGUGCCAAAGCCUAUGUGUUAGCAUACCUUAAUUUUUGAAAUAAAAAAUUGAAUUUCAAGGA